UUCAGUCAGUUUAUGUUAAAUGUUGAUCUUGUUCAGUUGUUCUUGGUAACGGUAUUAAAAAUGUUUUGAACAAUUAAUUACCUUCAUGUUUUUAACUAUUUAUACCAAACUAAAUUGAUUAAAACUCUUAAUUUCUAAAUCUAAUCCUGACUAAUAUUCAAUACUUAUCACAGUAUUAAACACCUAGGCUAGUUUAUAAAGUAAGAACAUUUUGAAAUCUGCAUCAGCAUAGGCCUAGGCUGAAUCUUUGCAGGACUAGUGUUUUCACAUAUCGAAACUGGCGAAACAAAAGAAAAAGAUGCCACCAGGGAGAAGAAGACAGACAGAAAACAACAGUGGAACUGUUGGAUGUCAAACAAUGAAGGCACAGCCCAAUGAAAAGUUCCUGAAGAACCAAAGUGACCUAGUGCUGUGGAAAAAACCUUUUAAAACGUUGACAUAUUUUUUUUAUGAGCUAUUGUACCAAGUUGGUAGGUUGGCUAAGAAGAUAAUUCAAUACCGAUUGUAUAUACUUUUAACUAUGUUCCUAAUAGUAAGCUUAUUAGGGCUCACUUAUGUUGAAGGCCCUCUUCAGCCUGUCAUUGGACGAUGUACAAAAACAGCUAAGUGGUGUCUCUAUUGGGUUGGACUGGGCAUUUUGUCUUCAGUUGGUUUGGGCACAGGUUUGCAUACAUUUCUUCUUUAUCUGGGACCACACAUAGCAUCAGUGACAGUUGCUGCUUAUGAAUGUGGAGGUCUAAACUUCCCAGAACCUCCCUAUCCAGACAAGAUCCUUUGUCCGGCAGGAGUGGACCCUCGUUGGGUCACUACUGUGUGGAACAUUAUGAAAAAAGUAUGGUUAGAAGCUACAAUGUGGGGAGCAGGAACUGCCUUGGGUGAGCUACCACCUUACUUUUUUGCAAAAACCGCUCGGCUCACCGGUAAUGGUCAAGAAGAUAUUGAAGAGCUAAAAGAAUUGGAGAAGAAGAAAAGAAACUCACAAACAUUAUGUCUUACUGAUCGUAUUAAGCUUUUUGUUGGAAAAUUGAUCAAACGGGUAGGGUUUUUUGGAAUUCUCGUAUGUGCAUCAGUUCCUAAUCCUAUGUUUGAUCUUGCAGGAAUUAUGUGUGGUCACUUUCUUGUCCCCUUUUGGACAUUUUUCGGAGCCACGCUAAUUGGAAAGGCAAUAAUCAAAGUCAUGAUCCAAAAGAUUGUUGUUAUUGUUGCUUUCAAUGAUGCCUUAGUGUCAAAGAUAUUGUUUUUUCUUAAGUACCUUCCAAAAUUAGGCUCGAUCGAUUUGCAAAAUUUGUUUGAUCUUUAUUUAAAAAAACAAAAGGAAAAGUUUCACAACCCUAUUGAUAACAGUCCCAAAGGGUCUAUUGAUCUCAUUUAUAAUGGUUUUAUUUUAGUCAUGAUCGGAUAUUUUGUGGUUUCUAUUGUAAAUGCGUUGGCUCAAAGUUAUUAUAAGCGAACAAACUCAAAUAGAUUGGCCAAAGAAAAAUGAAUUGUUAAUAUUUAUAGGUGAUAUGCCAGUAUUCUCUUGUGUACCUAGAAGUUUAGUAGACCAUUCCAUUUAAAUGUGUUUUUGUUGUUACGGUUUUUGUAUAGUUUUUGACUCUUUUGUAUAUUUAUUUUGUUGUUUUACUUGUAUGAUAGUACAAAGUAUAAAUAAAUACUUGUUUGUUGUUGCUAACCAAGAUUUUAAAUGUUGUGCAAUCUAUUUAUACCAUAUUACUAGUCUGCCUCUUUAAUAAAGAACAUUUCACAUCACAGGGUCCAAUUUCUAAAGGUCCAAAACUAA